AUGUCUUCCGUAGCCGACCUCUGCCCCGUCUAUGCGCCCUUCUUUGGCGCCAUGGGCGCGACCGCCGCUAUCGUCUUUACGUGUAUCGGCGCAGCAUACGGUACCGCCAAGUCGGGUGUCGGAAUCUCCGCGAUGGCUGUGCUCAGGCCGGACCUGAUGAUGAAGUGCGUCGUGCCCGUUAUCAUGGCUGGUAUCAUUGCCAUUUACGGUUUGGUCGUCUCGGUCCUUAUCGCCGGUGGUCUUGAAUCGCCCAUGCCCCUGUACACCGGUUUCAUCCAGCUCGGCGCCGGAUUGUCGGUCGGUCUUGCCGGUCUCGCUGCUGGAUUCGCUAUCGGUAUCGUUGGUGACGCCGGUGUGCGCGGAACAGCUCAGCAGCCAAGGCUUUUCGUCGGUAUGAUCCUGAUUCUUAUUUUCGCCGAAGUGCUCGGUCUUUACGGCCUGAUCGUUGCUCUUAUCCUCAACACCAACGCCGCCACCUCCUACACUUGCCCCGCCCCCAAGUAG